CCCGGCCUGUUGAAGAUCAGCCCCCUUUCCCCCCUGCAGAUCACCAAGACAGGCGAAAUCCUGGAUAUACACAAGCCGAUCACCAAGACAGGCGAAAUCCUGGAUAUACACAAGCCGCCCGGCCUGUUGAAGAUCAGCCCCUGCUUCCCCCUGCAGAUCACCAAGACAGGCGAAAUCCUGGAUAUACACAAGCCGAUCACCAAGACAGGCGAAAUCCUGGAUAUACACAAGCCGGUAUGCAUGGUGACUGUGGGCAUUGCAUCCACCAGCCCGGUUCUCCCAUUGCCGGAUGUCAUGCUCUUAGCCCGGCCUGUUGAAGAUCAGCCCCCUGCUUCCCCCCUGCAGAUCACCAAGACAGGCGAAAUCCUGGAUAUACACAAGCCGGUAUGCAUGGUGACUGUGGGCAUUGCAUCCACCAGCCCGGUUCUCCCAUUGCCGGAUGUCAUGCUCUUAGCCCGGCCUGUUGAAGAUCAGCCCCCUGCUUCCCCCCUGCAGAUCACCAAGACAGGCGAAAUCCUGGAUAUACACAAGCCGCCCGGCCUGUUGAAGAUCAGCCCCCUGCUUCCCCCUGCAGAUCACCAAGACAGGCGAAAUCCUGAUAUACACAAGCCGGUAUGCAUGGUGACUGUGGGCAUUGCAUCCACCAGCCCGGUUCUCCCAUUGCCGGAUGUCAUGCUCUUAGCCCGGCCUGUUGAAGAUCAGCCCCCUGCUUCCCCCCUGCAGAUCACCAAGACAGGCGAAAUCCUGGAUAUACACAAAUCAGCCCCCUGCUUCCCCCUGCAGAUCACCAAGACAGGGGAAAUCCUGGAUAUACACAAGCCGGUAUGCGUGGUGACUGUGGGCAUUGCAUCCACCAGCCCGGUUCUCCCUCUGCCCGAUGUACUCCUGUUAGCCCGGCCUGUUGAAAAUCAUCCCCCUGCAGAGGCCAGCUCCAAGAGCAAGAUGCAGCACCCUUCAGACACCCUGGAGUUGACCAGGCUACUCCCAUUGAAGUUCGUGAAGCUAUCUGUCCACAACCGGGAAAAGCAGCAUCUUCGCCUGAAACUGGCCAGUGGGCGAUCCUUCUAUUUGCAGCUGUGCCCACCCUCCGAUGCCAGGGAGGAUCUCUUCUCCUUAUGGGAGAAGCUCAUCUACCUCCUUCGGCCACCUGUGGAGGGCUACAGCAGCACCCACGCCAUUCCUGCUGGGAAGGGCGAGGUGCCUGUUUUCAGUGCGGAAGAGGAAUCUCCUCCCCAGGAGCCUAUUCCGCAUGAAGGGGAGCAGGAUAAAGUGAGCAUAAAGAGUCUUGACGUUCCUGGCCGGGAUAGGAUGUCAGUGCAGCCAGAAAUAAUCACGGCGGCUGCUGCUGAGGAGGGCUUCCCUAGUCCAGGAGGCACCGAGACGGAGCUGCUGCCCCCACACUACACCAUCCACGGGGUGCCCAGUGUGUCCCCUCCCAGUACCCGGUCUGUUACAACCGUUGCUAUGGCAGCUGCCGCCAGCAAGGGGCCUGCCAGUAACGCCAUGGCCGGGGCCCCCGCGGGAAUGGGGACAGCUACAGCAGGCAGCCAGGGGCCUGGCCUAAGUGUAGCCCUGGCUGGGACUACAACUGGGCAGGUAACAGAGACGGCAGGUAACACGUGGGCAAGCAGUGGGAGUCUAAUGCUGGCUGGCGCUGCCAGUAUGUCCUCAGGCACCAGCAGCCUGAUCCCCUCGGGCCACAUGAGCAUGGCCUCUGCUGGAGCCGGGAGCUUCGUUGUAGCCCGCCUAGGAAGCGUCACCCCCCUCGGGCCCGAGCGCCCCCUUGUGUCGACCUUGCACACUGAGGGCUACAUGAGUGAGCGGGACGGAAGUCAGAGGGUGGCCAUGGCCAGCCCCAAGGUGGCCAAAAAAGACACGUCAUCGAGGAGGCACUCCCGGCACCGGAAAGGCCAAGCUCGCAGACGAGCCAAGAGGGAAGGUGGCAGCGGCCAGAGGAGGUCAUCCCGGCAGGCUGCGACUUCCAAGGAGACUCAGAAAUCCAGCCGCCACAGCCCGUCUUCCCGCAAAGCCACCAGCCGCAGUCCCUCCGUAAAGGAUUCCAGUGCUUCCAGGACCUCUGACAAAGGAGGGAUGGAUAAAAGCUCAGCCAAGAAACACCCCUUCCACUGCCUCAGCUAAGAAACCCAGCCAUAUUGCCUCCUUCUGGGAGGUUUCUCCCUCUCUAAGCAGAGCGCCAGAAGCACCUCAGUCCUCACCAACAUGAGGGACACAGCUGAGGCCACUAAGGCCUCAGCCAAUGGAGAUCGACAGGAGCACCAUUGUGGAGAACCUGGAGCGUGUGGAGAUAGAGGUGGAGACUAUCACAGACAUGCUAUCACCGCUGGCAGUGGUGGAGGAGGAGAGCGAGGAGGAAGGACGAUAGAAGACUGUGGAACAUACUUCCCAUGGUGGGGGGCCUACAGGCUACUGCCCCUGAAGUUUGUGAAGAUUUCUGUCCAUGACCGUGAGAAGCAGCGUCUUUGGCUGCAACUGGCCAUCGGCUAUCAUUCCACUUAGAGCUCUGCCCACCCUGCAAUGCCAGGGAGGAUCUGUACUACUACUGGGAGAAGGUCAUCGACCUCCUUCAGCCACCUAUCGAGGGCUCCAGCAGCACCCACGCCAUUCCUGUUGGGGAUGGGGUCGAGGUGGCUUUUUUCGCUGCAGAAGAGAAAUCUGCUGUGAGUGGAGCCACAGAAAGACCCUAUUUGGACCUUGCUGGGGCCUGCCUCUGAGGGCCUGUCUAGAUCACUCCACUAUAUUCUCUAAUCAGCUAUGCUAGAAAAUGGGGGCGAGGGGGAAAUGAUGAAGGAUUUGAUCAGUGUUCUUGCCCCAACCCUUUCAGCAGUGACAGUGUCUGAAACUAACCCAUCCAGCUUCCUGCUUCAGCCUCUGUCCUCGGUUGCACAGAGAAGCAGGAAGAACUUGAUUGCCAAGCCCAAUCCUGACCAGGGGGAGAUGGGGGAGGGAGUUGGCAA